GGCUUGACUGAAAUUCAAAAGCGGCGAGCAGUGAAAGGCGAGGCCAACAAGUAAACGGUUUUGCGCUCUUCUCCCGUCACCCGCCGUUUUCCGUUAUCGUGGCCGCUGUGUAAUUGUCAAUUAACGUUAAUGUUUAGUUAAUGUAAUUGGCAUCAACAUGAAGAACGGUGAAGAGAUGGACCCUGAAAUGUGUGCUGUCUCCCAGGAGAUAGUCGAGGCGCAAACGCGAACCUUGAAGGAGCUUGGAGCUAUUUGGUCCGACAUGGGAGUUCAUGGUGAAGCGAAGACUGCAAGGCUCUCUGCUGUUCGUACUCAUGUGUUGCGUCUUUUCCAAGAUAUGGUUGAUGAAGAGGAGAGCAACAAAUUGAUCAUUAUACAGCGAAUUGAACAACAUUUGAAAGAUCUAAGCAAGCUAAGAAAGGAACUGUCUGGUGACACAUCAUGCUCUCCAGAUGAAGGCUUAGAUAGUGCACCACUGUAUCAAGUGGAGAAGUGUCUGAGAGAGAGGUGGGAAAACUUGCAGAAGGUGAAAGAAGAACGCAUCGAGCAGCUUGUUGAAUUGCAGAGGAGGCUUGAUGAUGUCCGGUACAGACUGGGAAAAAAUGACUCCUCUCCCUACAAUGGUGGAAUCACUGAGUUGGAGCUUGAGGCUUUGAAGUGCCGGGUAACAUUACAUGAGCAAGAAAGGGACCGACUGCAAGCAUCCUUUGAGGAGACACAGUCAGCUAUACAGCAAAUCUUCCAUGAUCUUGAGAUGACUGCUACUUUUCCAUUUGAUAAAAUGGUAUUGUCAACACCUCCUAAUGCCUUUGUUUUUAGUCCGGAAAACAUGGCAGCACUCAAGAAAUUACACCAAAACAUGGAACAGAAAUUAUCUGAUGCUAAGCAUGAUGCCACUGAACUUCGUGAACGCCUAAGCAAUUUGUGGGAGCGGCUCCAAAUCUCUUCACAUCACAGGGAAGACUUUUUGCAUGCACACCGUGGCUACUCUGUUCCCACUAUUACAGCGUUUAAAGAAGAAUUGAAAAGGUGUGAAGCCAUCAAAAGGGAAAACAUUGAAAACUUUGUUCUUCAACUGAGACGGGAGAUAAGCAGUUGGUGGGAUAGGUGUCACUUUUCCAAAAGUCAAAGGAGUGAAUUUAGAGCUUUUUAUUUUACUGACUUCAAUGAAGACGUCCUUGAGCUGCAUGAACUUGAAGUAAAGAAACUUAAAAAUUUCUAUGAAAAUAACAGGGAUAUAUUCCAACUAGCUGAUCAAAGAGCUGAACUGUGGGAACAGAUGCAUGAACUUGAAAAGAGAGCGAAUGAUCCCAACCGCUACAACAACAGGGGUGGUCAACUUCUUCGUGAAGAAAAGGAAAGAAAGACCCUUGCCAAGACUCUACCCAAGAUUGAGCAAGAACUUAGAGAACGGUUAGUUGCUUAUGAGCAAGCCAACUACACUCCUUUCUUAAUAAAUGGAGAAAAUCUUUUGGAGCUGAUUGACCAACAAAAUGAAGAAAGACAUGGGUUAAAGGAGUUACAAAAGUACCAGAAGAAGGUGAACAGAAACCACAUGCUGGAAAUUGAGUCCAAGUUGGGAACAAAGGCCACAACACCAACAUCUGUAAAACGGGGAAGGCUGGGUCCUGCCACACCAAGUAUGCUUGGAAGCAGUCAUAAGACCUUGACCUUAGCUCCCCCUCACAGUGCUCCUCAGCGAACUCUGACAUCAAAGCGGAAGGCUGAGAUUUCACCGCAGUCUAAUGUAAGCAAAAAAAGUAAAGGGGGAAGGAAAUCCAGUGAGAAGAAACGUUCUGGCAACAAGUCAGGGCCCCGCUUCAGUACUUCCAAAAUUCGGCGCUACGGGAAGGGUCCAACAAAGUCCAAUGAGCCUUCCUCUUCCAAAACCCGAAGAAAUAUUAUGACCACCUUACCCUCAGACAAUUUCAGCAUAGCCUCUGGCAUUGGUCCUUACAGUGAAUUUCAGAAUCAGCUAGAGCUUAUGAGUGCGGAGAAAGCCUGUCGGAGCUCUGUUGCGCCGAAAAGUUAUUUGAGGGAGCUGAACACUCCUGUUUCCAACCCAUCUAGUAUGUCAUCUACAACAAAGAUGACACUUACCCCCGGUCGCAUCACAACUGCCACUCACCUUACUGUCACUCCGGCUUCGUUAGCAGUCACUCCAAUGAAGCCCCCUCGUCGUAAUAAUGUUUCAGCUACCCCAACUCCAGUGCGAAGAACCAGCACACGAUUGAACCUGAAGAGCCCUGGUAUCAAAUCUCCGGCUCCUGGAAACUCUGCUAGACUUACAACUCCAAGGAGCCGUCUUCCCAUUGUAUUCUAGCUUUAAUCAAUUGUUCAAGCUGAAAAUACGUGGAUUGGAAAUAGUUACUUGCUAUUUUAGUUCGUGAUUUAUAGUGAUAUGUAUUGGUGGGUGAUGGGUUAACACUUCAUUAACAGUGUUUCAUUCAUGCUUAAUCAUCCUUAAGUAAUUGCAGUAUUGUUGCUUUAUGAGGACAGUAUUGUUAUGUGUAUGUCUUGAUAUUUUAUCUCUUGAUUUAUUGUUUUGUGAUUAACCAGUGUCUUAAAGUUAGUAUAUUGUCUUUACCAUGGCAGUAAUUGCACUUUGUAUAUGUUGUAUAAUAUGUUGAGAAUGUAAUGUUUAUUUUUAACUUAAUAUUUUUAUCUAAACUUUAAUGCUUGUUUAGUUUCAAUCUCACAUAGUCUGUUGUAAUACAGUUUUAUUCAAAUAAAAGCAUAUGAUUACAAGUUUGA